UCUGGCUACGCCCAUGGGCGAGAGUAGAGUUUUCCGAAUUUUCUUCUCGUGUCUAACAUCUAAAUAGGGGGCCAAUUUCCUAUAAAAGAGCUCUCGGGAGCAUUCUCAGCACAUCGCCCAUAAGUCACAUUGUCAUAUAUGAAUAAAACAAAGCCAAACCCAUCAAACGUCCGUCACCACCAGCCGCCACAUUAUGGAUCUGAAUGAAUGACCCUGUUAGAGAGCACAGGAAAGAAAAAUUCAAAUGAAAAAAAAAAUUCAGUUUGAAAUAGAAAAAUAAUUAUACAAUGUUUUUAUUUCUUAGAAAGAAUGGGAUAACCUGACUUUUACUUCAGAAGGAAGAGUGUCAAUCAUUGAUAAAAGAAGGAAUAUUCAACCUAUAAAUCAUAAACCAGAUAAAAGCAAAGUGAUAACUUAUAUUGUGAGUUCUAUCACUUUGAAACGUGGCAAGAUCGCAAAAUGGAUUCUUCCAGUCAGCAUAGCUUCUGGAAUUGUUUUAAUCACCAUUAUCCUUGUAGUUCUGCUAAAGUUGGGGUUCUUCAGAAGAAAGAAAAGAGAAGAUGUUCAAAUGUUAAAAGCAAACUUAUUAAUGGAGAAAUCGCCAAUCAAUGAAGAAAUUCCCGAUGGCAAAUAAUUAGAUUAAUAUUGGUUAAACAUUAUUACUAUGCUCAAAUUUUCGGAUAUAAAUUCUUACACCACUGUGAAGAAAUUUGAAAUUUUCUGUCUGAAUGUCUAUUCAAAUCUUAUUUUCGUGUUAAGAAUUUAAAUAAAUUCGUCUUUCGAUAUUUAAAUAGAUAUUUUAUUUUUCGGUAUUAUAUAGAUUGUUUUUAAUCUAUGUAAUGUUCCCAUCAAAGGUCGAGGCGGUUAAGACGUCAGGGAAUCGAAUCCGCAAUGUCUGGCCACGUUUCUUAUCACCCGGCCACCCUUAUUGUGUGCCUCGCUGAACCCACCAAGGGUAUGAUUUAAAAGACCCACUUAAAUAAAAGAAUUCAAGUUGUUUGCACCUAUUUUCAGAACCAAACUAGUUGGAAAUUAUGUCGACUUCAUACUUUACGAGUGCUGCCAUCUGUUUAUGUAUAUCUCAAUCACUUAUUUUUCAUUUUAGUAUGUUGGAGGAUCGACCCUUUCAGGUAAUCAUGGCAAGCGAAUCGGAGAUCUGCGUUAAUGAUUUCGAGAAAAAGAUGGAAUCGCUUCGGCAAUUAGUCACAUGUUCCAUUUGCCUGGAUUGUUUCCGUCAUCCUAUUAUGCUGCCAUGCCAGCAUACUUUCUGUCAGUUAUGUCUGUCGAAAAUUGCUACUGAAAAAAACGUCCAGUGUCCCCAAUGCAGAGAAACAAUUUCCUUGUCUUCGGGACUGGCCUCGUUACCCGUAAACAUACAUCUUCAAUCUGUAAUUGAAGUCCUACAGACCGAUGCGGCCAGUAAAGUCACGUGCUCUUCUUGCCAGAUUAAAGCUGGAAAUCCUUUAAAAUGUGGACAUUGCGAGCAACAAUAUUGUACGGAUUGUCAUGCCAAGCAUUUAUUAGUAAUGAAGGAAAAAUUAAAUAAAAUGGCCGACGAAUUGAAAGAAAAAAUAUCAUUUAUAAAUGAAGAUUUUCAAAAAUUUCAGGAAGAAUGCAAAUUAGUGAACAACAACAUUCAUAAAGUGAUAGAAGCGAAGAUACUAGCUCUUAGAAAUAACGAAUCAACGUUAACAAACGAAGUUGAUUCGGUUUUAAAAACGGAAGAAUUAACAGUAAAUGAAUUAAUUAAGAAAAUCAAUACUUUAAUAAAUGAAAUAAAAACCAUCGACGAUUCGAACCAAGAAGCAGAUUAUAUGGUUAAACAUUUUAUAAAAUAUCGUCAGGAUGUUUCUCAAUUAAUAUCAGAAAUCACCGCUGAAAACUCUCGAAGAAAGAGAAAAGUUGUUUUUGAUUCCCAUUCGUUGACAAUUACUUGGAAAGAAAAAGAUAAAGAAAAUUCUAUUUUAGAAUCGAAUGAAAAUAUGGAGCGUCAUUCGCGAUUUUACAUUACCAAACAGUUUCAUCUAAAGUGCAAACUCGUAUCUGAAAUGCUGCAAAGACCUUCUGGAACUGCUGUAUCUCCGUGGUCGAGUGAAUUUUAUGUAGUUUCUACCGAUACGCACUUAAUUCAUGUUUUUGAUUUACAGAAUGGAAAAUCCAUCAGUUCUUUCGGAAGGAGAGGGCACAAAGAUGGAGAAUUUCUGUGUCCUUUCGGGAUUGCUCUAUGCCCGUUACAACACAAAAUUUAUAUCACCGAUAAGUGGAAACAUUGCAUACACGUUUUUAAUAAAGACGGGGAAUAUCUUCGUCAGAUUGGUACCAAGGGUAGAGCGUCUUCUCAGUUUAGAAGCCCAGAAUCAAUAUGCGUUGAUGGAAAAGGAAAUGUCUAUGUAUGCGAUACCUGCAACAACAGAAUUCAAGUAUUCAAUUCUAAUAGUUGUUAUCAUCAUCAAAUAGGGGUUCUUUUGAAAAAGGAAGGUGGAAAAAUGAGGCAGAACAGCAUGUUUCAAGAUCCUACGGGAAUAGCAGUAACUAAAGAUGGUACCAGAGUUGUCGUUAGUGAUUUCGGCCAUCACAGAAUCCACGUGUUUUCCUCUUUAGGUGACCAUCUUUUCACAUUCGGCCAGAAAGGAAAUCUGAAAGGACAGUUUCUACAUCCGGAAUGUGUCGCCGUUGACAAUAAAGGAUUUAUUCUUGUCGGGGAUAGUGGUAAUGGCAGAAUACAAAUAUUUCGACCCGAUGGAUCCUAUGUCAGAAUGUUUGGAUGCAAAGAUUUUUCUGAAGAAAAGUUUAAUUGGGUGUCGGGUAUUGCUGUUACUGACAAUUACGAGAUUGUUGUUUGCGAUUUUAAAAAUCAUUGUGUACAAAUGUAUUUAUAAUUGUUAUGAAAAUGUCAAUUAAAGUCCCGUUUUCUCGCGUAAAUCUCUACAGAAAAGUAAUCCAAAAAAUUUUCUUUGUUCGUGGUAAAAGUCUGGAAAGUCGAGUUUAGAAAGUUCUCAAUUUUUAUCUACGGAAUCUGGAAAGGAAUUUUUUUAAACCAAUGGCAAUCGACUUGAGACGUACUGUACGUCGUCAUCACGCGUAGUCUCCUUUAAUCAUUAAGAAUUUUCUUCCAUCACCUUGACAAUGUGAGUCGUGACAUCAUCACAAUAACAAUCAAUUUCUAACAAUUUAAAUGUAUUUUUCCGAAUAUAAUGAGAACACGGUGUUUAUUCCGGAGAGAAUCACUAUAGAAAAGUAAUGCCGACAAAAAAUACAGAAAAUUUGUCCGCAUUACUUUUCCGUAGUGAUUUUCCUCAAGUGAGAACGGGGCUUAAGUUGAGAAAUUAAUAUUUUAUUUUAUAAUAUAUUGAAGAGUUAUUUUCAAUAAUUUUAGUUUUUAAAUGGAA